AUGGUGGCUGAAGCAAAACAGGUUGGAGAACAACGUUAUCGGGAAUCUUUUGGACGCUAUCUGGAAGACUUCAGGGUGGGUGACGUUUAUGAACACCGACCCGGACGCACGCUCUCCGAAACUGAUAAUACCUGGUUCACAUUGCUGACUAUGAAUCAGCACCCCCUGCAUUUCGACCGCGAGUACGCAGCAAAAAGCGAGUUUGGCCAAGUGCUGGUGAACUCCUGUUUGACGCUAUCGAUCAUAACGGGCAUGUCAGUUUCUGAUAUCUCGCAGAAGACCAUCGCGAACCUGGGUUGGGAUAACGUGCGGCUUUCGGGGCCGGUAUUCAUAGGUGAUACCCUUUACGCGGAGUCAGAGGUUACCGAGAUACGUGCUUCUGCGUCUCGACCAAAUCAGGGCAUUGUGCGUGUGAAAACCACUGGCUUUAAGCAGGAGAGGGUGGAGGUGAUCAGCUUCGAUAGAGCGAUGCUUAUUCCGCAACGCGGCUAUGCGGUAGACGACCAGAUAGAUUAUUAG